AACAAUAUUAAAUUUAUUCAUGGUACGCGAUGAAAUAAUAGAAGAAUGUCGUCUACUGUAUUAUGAAGUCAACUGAAGUCGAAAUCGAAGCAUCCGAACGAAUGACAUACCAUCCCAGGUAAACAAACAUUCUGGUGUCAAGUCUUUCCUAGUGAAAAUAUAUUAUCUUAAGCUGAUGCAGACCAUCGGGAAUUACUUCCUUUAAGCUGUAUCAUACUUCAGAAUGUUAAUUCCUGUGUUCACAUUAAACCUCAACCAGAAAAUAUUACCAGGAAAAGUAACUGUUGGAAAAUAUGAUGGAGCUCAUGCAUGCCUUACAGCUUCUACCACAGCUGACAAGGUUCUUAUUCAUAACCCUCACCAAAGACUUGGUGUCUCAGGGGGACGUAUGUCCCUAAGCCAGAGUAGCGCGGAGACUUCAUUACUCAACAUAAAUCAGACCGUUUCUGCAAUUACGGCUGGCCGCCUUACUGCUUCGCAGCUAUAUGACACCUUAGUAGUUGGAACUCCUACUAAUGUUUUGGCCUAUGAUGUACAGAGCAAUGCUGAUGUAUUUUAUAAAGAUGUAGCUGACGGAGCAAAUGCCAUCGCCAUCGGUCACUUGGGACGUCAUCCCUCGCCACUGGCUCUGAUUGGCGGGAACUGUUCUAUUCACGGCUUUGAUGCCGAUGGCCGGGAUCCAUUCUGGACCGUCACAGGGGACAAUGUCUCUUCCUUGACUCUAACCGAUUUUGAUGGGGAUGGGGAAAAUGAGCUAUUAGUUGGUUCAGAAGAUUUUGACAUUAGGGUGUUCAAACAUGAAGAGAUAUUAUUUGAGAUGUCAGAAACUGAAGCAGUGACUGCUUUGUGCCCAAUGCAAGGUUCCCGCUUUGGGUAUGCUCUUGCAAAUGGAACCGUGGGAGUGUACGAGAAGAUGGCGAGAUGGUGGCGCAUAAAGUCCAAAAAUCAAGCGGUAUCCAUCUUCAGUUACGACCUGGAUGGUGAUGGGGUAGCAGAGCUCAUAACUGGAUGGAGCAAUGGCAAGGUUGAUGCUAGGAAUGAUCGCAGUGGUGAGGUAGUUUUUAAGGAUAAUUUCAAAUCUACUGUUGCUGGCAUCGUGCAAGGUGAUUAUCGUAUGGAUGGAAAGAAUCAGCUUAUUUGUUGUUCAACUGAUGGAGAAGUCAGAGGAUACCAGCCGUCGUCCCCUGAGAGUCGGUACUCUUUGAUGGACGUGAACAUUGAACAGGAGACAAUAAGGGAAUUAAGUCAGAGACGCCACACUCUUCUGAUGGAAUUGAAAAACUACGAGGAAAACCAGAGGAUGGGAUCGUCUGGAGAGAUCAUUUAUGGUAAACCCUCGUCAGCAGGCGACCAAGUUGGAAUUAUACCUGCGAAUACUCAGCUUCAAACUGGACUUGCUAUUGAUAUGGGCAGUGAAGAAAAAAAUAAACCACCUCAUGUGGAGAUUGCUUUGGCAACAACCAACGACACUGUAAUUAAAGCCGUCAUCAUAUUUGCGGAAGGAAUAUUUGAAGGCGAGAGUCAUGUUUUUCAUCCGAGAGACAAUGCGCUGGCAAGUAGUGUACGAGUUCCUCUGUAUCCCCCGAAGGAUGUGCCAGUUGAUCUUCACAUCAAAGCUAUGGUUGGCUACAAGGGGUCUCUUCAUUACCAUGUCUUUGAGCUAACCAGGCAGCUCCCGAGGUUUUCAAUGUAUGCCCUGUGUACAACCCCAGUGAAUCAACCUCAAGGCUUUGUCAAGUUUAAAAUUCACGAGCGUGUUGCAAGGAUUGUCAUGUGGAUCAAUGCAAAUUUUUUGCUCUUGGAAGAUCUGCAGUUAGGGGAGCAAGGAGACCUGGAUAUCUCUUUCUUGUCCUUACGUACCACCAUGCCGCUGGUUAUCCAGUCGACGGCCAAUUGUGAAUUAACCAUUAAAACGGAUGAUAUGGAUCUUGCUGGAGACCUUAUCCAAGCAUUGUCUAAUUAUCUCAAUUUAGAAGAUUUGCAGGUUGAAGCAGACUUUCCAUCAGAACUGGAACAGCUGGGAACAGUGCUGGAACGAGUUGAAGAGUAUCAUGCGACAAGACAAAGGCUGUCUGCUGAUAUGGCGGACCAUUCUGGGGUCAUUCGCACAUUAGUGGUCAGGGCAGAAGAUGCCAGACUCAUGUUUGAUAUGCAAAGCAUGCGCCAGUGGUACAGCGAACUGUUUAACCUGAACAAAGACCUCAUCAACGGGUACAAGAUAAGAUGCAACAACCACCAGGAACUUCUCAAUUGUCUCAAACAAGUCAAUCAGACUAUACAGAAAGCAGGUCGAUUAAGAGUUGGGAAAUCCAAGACAACAGUUGUGAGUGCAUGCAGGCAAGCCAUCAAGAACAACAACAUCAGCGCCUUGACAAAAAUAAUUCGGUCUGGGAAAUCAUAAGUUGUAGUGCUAGUUUCUUAAUGCGUUGUCCUUUGAAAGUGAGAAAGAGGUGAUUUGAAAAGAAUAAACCUUGGGUCACUCCGUAUGUUAUAAAACUGAUUUCAGUCGAAAAUUUUUACAAUAUCAAAGAAACUUUUUGCAUCUUUGCAAAUAAAAAUAUUGCAAUGCAGUCCACUGAAGGUUUACUGUUGAAUUAUUGAAAAUUAAUAAUUCAGGUACAGUAAUGAAUAUAAAGAUAUUCAACUGAAUAUUUAUUCAAGUGUUGCAAAACACUAUUAGUAUUUUUUUAGAUGUUUGUAUUAUUCUUUUCCAGUGCCUGUUAUCAUUACAGGACUUCUUUUUUUCAAGUUACAGGACUUUUUUUUCAAAUUAGUCUCCCACUGCUGUAAAUUUUAAUUAAAUUCACAACAACUACAAACAUUUUUGGCAUAAUGUAUUGUCAUUUCAAGAGUCUGUGUAGUUGUACAUUAAUUUAUAAUGAAUGAAUUUACUUUAAGUUUUGUCAUGGGACAUUUUAAAAAUGUUGUGGUAGAGUCAAAUAUUUCCUAGUCAUGCAUAUUGUGCAUUGGUGAGUAUGUUAUGCAGUACUGGAAAGCUAAUUAAUGUAUUUUAAGUAAAACCACUCAUAUAUUUAAUAGUUUUUAUGGCUAAUCUCUGGAAGUGAAGAAAUUUACUUGUAAGUGGUUAAAGUUAUUAGGAUUUUUAUUUUCUAUGAAUUAAUUUUAAAGGAAGUUAUAUUGCAGAGUAGAAGUUGCCACAGCUUGUUAUAUUAAUACUAAUCUUGUCAACAAGAUUUUGGUGCCUCAGAGAAUCAUUGAAGAUUCUGAACCACUCAUCACUCCGUCCACUUAAUGCGCUGUUAUAUAAAACUGAAAUUUGCACUGCUGUGAUAUUGUACAAUAUAUCUUUUUUUUUUUUUUUGGCAAAUGUCUUUCAUUCAUUCUUAACUUCAUUUAAUAUAUGAAAUCUAAAACAAGCAAGAUGGCUAAAUGUAUUUGUUACAUUUUCAUUUCCUCAAGAUCGAGAAAUUUAUAUUUUUUCAUACUUUUCACCUUGUGUGAAGGUUGAAUUGUUUGUCCGAGAGGUUAUUGUACUGAAUGGUUAUAUUUCUAAUUAUUUUUAUUAUUUUCAUAAGCUAUACUGUUCAAUUUUCAAGUUUUAAACGUUUGCUUAUAAAAGCUUGAGAAAACUUGAAGAUAACUAUAUAUCUUGACUGAGGAAUGUGAUAAAAUCAGUAUUUUAUGGAAAGGAAAAUGAUAGAUUGAUCUUCUAACUUCAUAAUUCUCUUACUGCUGGUACUGAGAGAAGUUAUUGCACUUUAUUGUAUUAUUACUGUACUUUUGAUAAUUUUGUGCUAGGAAUGGACAAAAUAUUAAUUUGUUAUAUGAGAGAUUAUGAAUGCUUUUGUGCUUAUCUCGUCAAGUCUAGUCAUGUAUGCAUCGCAAUCAAAUUAUAUUUUAAGAACUCAACGGUUAAAAAGUCAUCAUAUUCCUAUCAGUUAAGAAUUUUAUGUAGAGUAAUGAAUACUUUAGUAUUUAUUCUGCUUAAUAUUUUAUAUCUAGUCACUUGGAAGAUUUAUUUUACCUGCAAUGUAGGCUACAGCACUAUUUUUAUAUGCACCUUUCAUAAAAUAUAUUUUUUAUGAUAUAAGCCAUUAAAAUCUCAUAUUGCGCUGAAGACGUCUAUGUCAAUAUGUAUAUACAACUUCUGUUUCGUAACUUUUACUCCCUGUAAAAGUGUCUCGCGUUAUUUCGUAAUUUAAGUUAUAGAAAUUCCUUUCAUUUUGCCUUCCUUGUGGUACAAGAUCCUUUUGUGGUGAGGAUUUAGGUUAAAUAUUUUAUAUUGUGAACUCCACCAAGUCAGGAAUUGCAAUUAUAUGUUAUUUUAUGGGAAUUGUAAUGGAUCAAGUCAGGAUAGCUUUCCAAAAAAAAAAUAAUUUGGCUUAC